AUGUCGUCGGAACAUGGACUUCAUGUCAUGCUUAGUUAUCAUUGGGAUAAUAAAGAACUGGUUUCAAAGGUUUAUAAAGUACUGAAAUCACGCGGUAUACCUGUGUGGAUGGAUAUUCAUGGAGGAAUCAGUUUUAAUCUAUUUCAAAGUAUGGCAGAUGGAGUCGAAAAUGCCGCUGUUGUUUAUAAAGUACUGAAAUCACGCGGUAUACCUGUGUGGAUGGAUAUUCAUGGAGGAAUCAGUUUUAAUCUAUUUCAAAGUAUGGCAGAUGGAGUUGAAAAUGCCGCUGUUGUUUGCUGUUUUAUGACACAACAGUAUCAAAAUUCACGUAAUUGUGAAAAAGAAUUACUAUAUGCGGAAAGAAGACGAGUUUCUAUCAUUCCAUGUCGAUUAACUCGUGGCUGGGAACCGUCCACUUGGCUUGGACUUGUUACUGCUGGACUAGUAUGGAUCGAUUUUCGUGAAACAACGGACGCUAAUGUGGAUGUUAAAAUUGAUAAAUUAAUUGAUCAGAUUCGAAUCGUUGCUGGAAAACAAAUGAGUUGUUUCUUGCCAGAGACACCCAGUAUCGCACAAUUACCUGCGAUAAAUACCACCACUUCUUCAAAUGCACUCUAUCCUAUUCUUCCAGUAUCCAUUGAUGUGCCAAAACCAAAUACAUCUGAUGUACAUAAUCUUGUGCGUGCUUCAUCGAUUGAUUCGACAAAACGAUCGAAUACUUUAACGUCUCGUCAGCAUCAGAGUGUCGAUCACACGACUUUGGUACAACCGACACCACCACCUGUGCCUCCACGACCGGACAAAUCUUUACUUCGUGAUCGAUUAUUACAAAUGGAUGAAAAGAAGAAUUUGAAUGAAACUGAGUGUUGUUCUGAUGAGAAAAAAGAGAACAGUGUACCGUUAUCGGGUGGAAAGCCAGAUAUUUGUGAAGUGUCCAUACAAAAUCAAGCAAAUGCACGUUCAAUACCUGACGUAUUGGAUGUGUCUCCUACAAUCGUUGCUGAUGAGAAAAGACGUACGGGCACCGUCAUUGAUUAUUCAAAAUUUCGUCGUCCGCCACGGAUUAUUGGUGAUGAUAACGAUGAGAUCUCUCUUUCCUGUCCAUCAGGAGUUGCUGUAUCAAAGACGGGCCUUAUCUAUGUAGCUGACCAGCAGAAUCAAUGUGUGAAAGUCAUUCCAUUAUUAGGAAGCAGAAAGCAAAUUUUAUCACGUCCAUUUAAUCGACCGAAAGGUGUUCAUGUUGACGAACUUGGUCGUGUUCUUGUUACCGAGCAUAAUCGUUUGCUCAUACUCGAUAAUGAGCUCAAUCUACUCAAAGCCAUUGGAGAUCACGGUUCGAAGCCGGGUGAAUUCAAUGUACCGUGUGACUACAGAUUCGUCAUCGAAUAUUUACNAGGUGUUCAUGUUGACGAACUUGGUCGUGUUCUUGUUACCGAGCAUAAUCGUUUGCUCAUACUCGAUAAUGAGCUCAAUCUACUCAAAGCCAUUGGAGAUCACGGUUCGAAGCCGGGUGAAUUCAAUGUACCGUGGGGUGUGACUACAGAUUCGUCAUCGAAUAUUUACAUAUGCGACCAAAUGAAUAAUCGCAUACAAAAAUUAGACACGGAUGGACGAUUCCUACUUGAAUGGGGUUAUGAAGGUGAACAUGCUGGUCAAUUUUACUAUCCACAUUUUAUCUCUGUAUCAGGCAAUCGUGUAGCUGUUUCCGAUCAAUUGAAUCACCGUAUUCAAGUUUUCGAUUGUUUCGGAAAUUAUCAUUAUAAAUUAGGCGAAUCUGGCAGUGAGCCAGGUCAAUUUAAUUGCCCAUUUGGAGUUUGUAUUGACGCCAAUGGUCAUAUCAUUGUUGCUGAUCAUGACAAUAAUCGUGUACAAUUCUUCGAUGCUUAUGGUGAUGUUCAACUUGUGUUAGAUCGAGAAUCGAAUCCUCUGUUCGAUUUUCAAGGUGUUCAUGGUUUAGCAUUGACGCAUGACGGAGGACUAUUGAUUACAGAUUAUAAACGCAAUGGAAAACACCGUCUAUUUAUUUUUGCAUAG